AUGGACUUUCGUGGCCUCGCAGUCUCGAACGCUUUGAACUGCAGGUGGAUUCUAAAUAAGUCGCACGGCGCCUUCACGACGUACGCGCGGCGGCCAGCCGCGAUGGCCGGACCGGAAGAGAAGACCCGGUCGACCCAGCAAGUACUGGCUGCUGGAGAAAUAUGCUGUGACCUGCAAGAAGUGGUGAACGUGCUGAACACAACGACCGACUUCGAUCACAACUCGGUCAUGAGUGGACUGUACCGUAAGGAUUUCAUCUACGGGUCCGUAGUGCACGUCGUUCCGUCCGGUUUCAUUGGUAACAACCCGAAUCUUGUCGAGUUGCUCCAAGAGGAGGCGUCGAUGACGACGCAAGUGGCGGUGAAGACGGGGACCUUUGUGCAUAGUAAACUGUUCUCACGUGACGAGCAGUGGUGCUACCUUGAGCGAGCGCAGCACAAAGAACUCGAAGCAGGCAAAGUGAACGCCCACAGCCGCGUAAAGAUGCUGCAUGACAUGGACGCUGGGUAUCUGGUCGAACAGUUACCUGGCUCCAGAUACGCUCGUGUGAUCUUCUUUGGUCAAAUCGACGGCGGCUUGGACAAACCCGGACAGGCCAAGACUUCCCAGAUGCGAGCUCGACUGGUGCGUUUAGCUGAUGGGGCUACGCGGUUACCAGAAAUCGUGCGGCGUCGCCGGUUUGGAGCGCAGGUGAUGGCGGACCAUGCAGCUUUCAGCGCGAAGAACUCGCACUGCAUCUGCUGCACGAAGUCGCUGCAUCUACUAACACGCAAACAUCGCUGUAGUCUCUGCGGUCACUUUGUCUGUGAUCGAUGUUGGUCGGUUCAAGAAAUGGAGAAUCAAGACACACGUCGCAUCACGCCUCUGCGCAUGUGCUCGCGUUGCAUGGAGUUUGUGGAGAACGGAGACUACUCGGCGGUGAAACCCAGCUCUUCAGGAAAAAUUGAAGUGAAGCGAGACCCCAUCGACCACGCCCCAACCAACAAAACGUUGGUGCGCUUGCUGCAACAGGAGCUGCGUUCGUCGUCCGGUGCCCGGAAGAACUCUGUGCGUACGGUGAUUCAAUAUCUCAUGGAGGCCUGA